UGUGUGGUGACAUGCAUCUUUGCUCCGCGUGUUGUUUGGUUCGAUGACAGAGUUUGACAGUAAAUUGCCAAUGGAUUCUGAAUUGCGGAAAGAAGGCAUUGUGUUACAAAUUAGAGAAAAACUGAAUGAGGACAAGAUAAAAUUAUGGUUAACUCCAUUUUAUAGGGAAGACCAGGGAUGUGUUGAAGCUGAAGUGCAGAGACUGGCUGAGAAGUACAGCAAAUCCACUGGUUUGGAUCAAAAUACUUGCUUAAGUGUGAUAAAAGAACUACAAUCCCAUGCAUUGCAGAAAUUACAAGAGAGAACUCAAUUUCAAGAAAGUGGUAUAGCCACAUUGAAAGUACGUGUUUCAAAAAAUAGAAAAAUCCACUCUGUUAAAAUCCGAUUGACAGACACUGGGCACCAGCUUUUGGAAGCUGUUGCAAGUGAACUACAGCAGCCAUUGGAAAGAUUGAAGCUUAUAUCCAAUGGUCGUAUCAUACAAGAAAAUCGUGUACUGAGUGAACAAAGCCUUCAGAAUGGAUCCAUGUUAUUGUGCCUGCUGCUUGAACGGACUCCUGCAGAGAUAAAGGAACUGGAAUCAAGACACACAUUACUGGAAACAACAAAAGCGGAUGCACAGCUCCUUGCUGGCAGAAGUAACGAUGAGGACGACUACUAUGUUCAGAUAGCUGAUCAGUCAGGCAACAUGCUUAAAUUGCCAGCUUCAGAACAAAAAGCUUUGAUUGUAGCAAUGUCUCUACAUGAGAAAGGUAGAGCUGCAUUGAAAGAAUCAAAUUAUUCAUUGGCAUUGUUGUUACUGCUAGAGGCUGACAGGGAAUUUAGCAAUUGUCAUUCACAGAUUUUACAGUCUGUAGAUAAUUAUGCACUGCUGAAUCUCGACAUAGCUUGGUGCUAUUUAUGCUUGCAAAAUGUCACUCAAAUCCCUGAUGCUGAAGAAAGACUGAAAAAAUGUGAACAAAGCUUCCAUAAAAGUUACGGUCCAAAUCUUGAACGCUUAAUGCUGUUGAAGGGAACAACAGGAACUGAAGCUGUUCUCUUCAUGCGUUUACAUUUGCUUCAGGCAAUUGUUCUGUAUCAUAAAAAUAAACGAACAGCAGCAGCUGCACUUCUGAAGAGAGUUGAAAAUGAGAUCUCAAAUUUAAAAAUCGAUGAUGCCAGUCUUGGCACCCUACUUGAAUUGGGUUAUACAAACUAUGAGGCUCGCCUUGGGUUGCGAGCCACAUGUGGUAAUGUUGCUGCUGCAGUGGAGUUUCUUAGUAAUCGUAGAACUCAGAAGGAAGAGGUAAAAAAGAAAGAAGCUGCUGAGAGACAGUUAAACAGAGAGCGACGAAAAUUGGGCAAGUGUAUUGAUGGAGAACAAUUUGUAGAUCCUCAGCUUCACAAAAGUUUGAUGAGCAUGGGAUUUGCAAGAUCAACUGCACGGGAGGCUUUACGUCAAACAAAUAACAACUUAACACAAAGCCUUGACCUGAUAAGAGAAAAGCCUCAUUUGUUUAUGACUCCUUCUCAAGAAGAUAUACAACAGAUUGUUUCAAUGGGCUUUGAUGCUAAAAGAGCAAAACUUGCUCUUAAAAAACAUCAAGGAGAUGUAGAAAAAGCUGUGGCAACAUUAGUCUCAUCUGAUGCAACAGUGAACAGUUCCUCAAAUAAUGUUUCAGAUAGUUCGGAUGAAAGCAGCAACAGCAAUAACAGUAGCAGCAACCCUAGCACAAGUAGCAGCUCUCAAAGCCUUCAGCGUGAGGAAGAAUUAAAAGCAUAUGAACGCCUGUCUGAGGGAAUUUCAUCCCAGGAACAUGAUGAAUACCUUGACAGCACUCUGGAACAGGAAGAAGCUUUCCUCAGACAGUAUAAAGCACUUUUGUCAGAUGACAGCUGAACAAAAUGUGUGUGUUUGUAUCUUUGGCUUCUGAAGAUAUUUUUGUACUUAAAUCUAGCCAUUAUCUUGAGUGAUAUUGCUGAAUUUCUUUUUAACUACCUGUGAUACACACAUACUUUUGUAGCUGAAAUCAUGUGAUUUUUGUUUUAGAUAACUACUGAGAAAUUGUAUUGCAGCUUCCUUUAUUUUAUAUUCUUUCAUCUCUAUAAGACUGUGCUAUUGCUUUAAAAAGUCCUGGAAGAUUGGCGGUGCAAACUAGAGAAUAGGUGAAAGAGUAGGAAGUUAUAAACAUUUGGUAUACAACUAUUUAUAUGAAUAACACAGCUGGCAUAAAAGUUUAAUUAUGUUGGCAACUUGACACAGAAAAGACAGUUACCUGGAAUUAGUUAUUUUUGUCUCAUAAAUAAGUCUGACUGCGAGCAGCUCCUUCUGCAGUAAUUAGUAAUCAUAAACAAAAGAACCUUCAUGCUUAUGAAUAGACUUACAUAACUGUAAAUUUUUGUUUGUCUGAGAAAAUAUAAUGAUUACUUUGUAAA